AUGGAUGUUCCUCUGGUUUUCUCUAGUAAGAAAAACCAUGGUAAGAAUAAUGCUGAUCAUACUCUGUUCAUUAAGAAGAAUGGGGAGCUGAUUACUGUCCUCAUUGUAUAUGUCGAUGACAUCAUGGUUACAGGGAGUGACAUUAGCAAAAUAGCUCGACUGAAACUUUUCUUAUACACUCUUGACCUUCUAUCUAACACUAGGAUGCUGGGGUGCAAAUCUGCAGAUACUCUACUCGAAGAAAAUUCUCAUCAAAAGCAAAAAGAUGGUGAACUUAUGGAUAAAGGAGGUUAUCAGAGGCACUUAGAGGUUGUAUAUCAGAUCUUGAGAUAUCUGAAGUCUGCUCUUGGUCGAGGAGUUCUUUUCUCUCCCUAUGAUCAUCUAUGUAUUGAGGCUUACACUAAUGCUGAUUGGGUUGGUUCUCACGAUGAUAGAUGA